AUGCCUUCCUUCGACGAAAACAAAGCUUACGUGGAGCAAGAAGAGACCUUCUUCGAUGAUGGUCGUGAGAUUGAGUUGUUGCAUUACAUUUAUGGUCGCUCUGAUGUUGAUGAGCUGAGGGGCUCGCCGGAGCGUGUUCUCCAGGCUAUCGAUGAGUUUGGACGCACGAAGAAGUAUCUCAUGAACGUGGGUGAGGACAAGGGCAAGAUCGUGACGGAUCUGAUUGCUGAAGUGAAGCCUAAAGUCAUGGUCGAACUUGGCGGCUAUGUAGGCUACUCGACGCUCCUCUUCGCCAACGCCGUCCGCAAAGCCGGCGGCACGCACUACUACUCUCUCGAGCGCAACCCCGAAUUCGCAGCCGUGAUAACAUCCCUCCUCGACCUCUCCGGUCUGCGCGACAUCGCCCGCGUGAUCGUCGGUCCCAGCGACGCCGGCCUCGCUCGUCUACACAAGAACAAGACCAUCAGCAAGAUCGACCUCAUGUUCCUGGACCACUACAAGCCCGCGUACACAAGCGACCUGAAGCUCUGCGAGCGCCUCGGGCUCGUGGGACCGGGCAGCGUCCUUGCAGCGGAUAACGUCAUCAAGCCUGGAAACCCGCCGUAUCUGGCUUAUGUGCGGAGUAGUGUGGCGGAGAAGAAGAAGGCUAAGGGGACCAAUGUGGAUGGGUUUGCUGAGAGGACGGCGAAGCAGUAUGCUAAGAGGGAAGGCGAGGAGAAGCUCGACGAUGCGGAGGGAGAUCCGUGCUUGGUGUAUGAGAGCAAGCUGGUUCACAGCUUUGAACCAACUGGUGUUCCUGACGCUGUUGAGAUUACACGGUGCACAGGACGCGAAGACUAA